AUGGCCACCGCCACCUCGCACAACAAGAAAUCCUCCGCGAUCAAACGCAUCCUCUCUGAAGCGCGCGAGCUGUCCUCCGACACUUCCUCGCUCUACACGGCCUCCCCGCUCGAUGACAACAUCUUCGAAUGGCACUUCACGCUGCGCGGACCUGCCAACACCGAGUUCGCCGAUGGACUCUACCACGGUCGAAUCCUGCUCCCCGCCGAGUACCCGAUGCGACCGCCGGAUGUGAUGCUGCUGACGCCGAACGGCAGGUGGGAGCUGAACAAGAAGAUCUGUUUGACCUUCACGGGUUUCCACGAGGAGAUGUGGCAGCCAGCGUGGGGGGUGAGGACGGCGUUGUUGGGGCUGCAGACGUUCAUGGCUGAGAGGGAGGAGAAGGCUGUAGGAGUCGGAGGGUUGGAGUGGGGGGUGGAGAGGAGGAGGGCGUUGGCGAGGGAGAGUAGAGGGUGGAAGUGUGAGGUUUGUGCGAAGACGACGGUGGAGAUGCUGCCUGAUUCGGUGGAGGCUGAGGAGCAGGUGGAUCAGAAAGGUCAAGUGUCGGGUGAUGCGUCGAAUGAGGAAACCACGGCAAGCCGAGAGCAGCCAUCGGAAGCACCGACUGCCGCCUCAGCUUCAAUCACAACUCCUGCUCCUUCUCGUCCACCCUCCCCACCAGUCGCUCCUUCUCAACUGCAUCAACCUCUACCAGCACCACCAGCACCAUCACUCCCACCGCGCACAUCCCCGCUCACCUCCACUCCACCCAUCAACCACACCUCGUCAACACAGCAAAAACUCACACUCAUAGACAACUGCAUCAAAGCACUCUCCAUCCUCGUCGCGCUUCUCGUCGUCAAACGUCUCGUCUAG